AUGUAUAAGAAGAGUUGGGGGAUAAAACAUGGGAUUCUGCAGGAAUCGCCGGAGGGAGAAGGCGCUAUGGUGACGAUUUUAUCAACUCCUCUCUCUCCGAGACUUACAUUUCUAUGUGAAAAACUGUCGUUAUCACUCUCUCAAGGGAUUUCGCAAUCUCGGAGUAAACGCUCGAUAUGUUGUUCAUUGAGUGAAGAACCAAAUUGCCAAAGCUUGAGCCGGAGAAAUCUUGUAUAUGUCCUGGUUUCUUCGCCGUGUUUGUUUACGGCAUCACCUUCAUCUGCGAAAGCUAAAUCUAAGAGCCCUUACGACGAGAGACGGUUACUAGAACAGAACAAGAGGAUACAGAGAGAGAACAAUGCUCCUGACGAAUUUCCAAACUUUGUUAGAGAAGGUUUUGAGGUUAAGGUAGUAGCUUCAGAUAAUUACAUAAAGGCUGAUUCAGGCCUCAUCUAUCGAGAUUUCGAUGUUGGUGAAGGUGAUUGCCCAAAAGAUGGCCAGCAGGUGACUUUUCACUAUAUUGGAUACAAUGAGUCCGGAAGGAGAAUAGACAGAUUCGAAAUGGGGAUUCGUGACAUGAAGCCUGGUGGACGAAGAAGGAUUAUCAUCCCUCCUGAAUUGGGACCUCCGGUGGGACCUUCGACCUUCUUCAGCUCGAAGCAAUUUGAAGUUUUCGAUGUGGAGUUGCUUAGUAUCCAGAACUGUCAGAGGAGGACAAUAGGAUUCUACUCAGAUGCAUUAUCUUAUGAGAUUCAUGGAGAGCCAUCAAAAAUGUCGUCGCUACGUAAUGCUGUUCCACGGCCUGCUCAUAAGGAGCGAUCUCAACCGCAAGCGAGGAAGAAGUUUGGCCUCCUCGAGAAGCAUAAGGAUUAUGUUAUCAGAGCUAAAGCUUACCACCAAAAGGAAAACAUUAAAAAGAAACUUAGGCAGAAGGCUGCAUUCAAGAAUCCAGAUGAGUUUUACUUUAACAUGAUCAAUAGUGAAACAGAUCGUGGAGUUCACAAACGAAAGGAAGAGGUAAAUAAAUACAAUGCAGAAGAGCUCCUGAUUAUGAAGACUCAAGACAUUGGAUAUGUGUUCCAAAAAUGGCAGAGUGAGAAAAACAAAAUCGACAAGCUUACUGCAUCACUGCAAUGCACUGAGGCUCUGCCGAGCCGUAGACAUGUGUACUAUGCAGAAGACAGGGCAAACGAUUUGGAGAAGCUAUACAUGGAUAUGUCAAUGCAGAAGGAGUUACAGAAAAAGGGUCGCAAACGUAAGCUACGUGAAGACGAGAUACUCAACCCAAAUGGUAAACCGGUAUACAAAUGGAAGGCAGAUCGAAAACGCUGAAAAAAAAGCUUUCAUCGUUGUGUAGCUUCACAUCACAUCAUCUUUCUGAUCUCUAUACUUUAUAUAUCAGAGUUUUGUUGUAGAAAACUAUAGUUCUCUCUCUCUCUCUCUAGACUUUGCAGAACUUGGUACUGUAUGAAAAUUAUGGAUGGGACAUUUUUGUUUAGUUAAAAGUUAAAAACUCUCUGUUGCAUAGUUGGAAAAUACUUUAAAUUUCUACAUCCAAGAUAAAGUCCGAGUUGCAAAAGAA